AUGAUGCGAGAGCUCGCUCAGGCGUUUAAGAGGAUUCGCUUGGAAGGGAAGGCGAGAGCUGUCAUUCUCACUGGCGCUGGCCGCGCGUUCUGCGCUGGAGUGGACCUGACAGCAGCGCAGAGCGUGUUUCAGGGGGGUGUGACGGAUGAAGAGACAGACGUGGUGGUGCAGAUGGAGCUCAUUACAUAUCCUUAUCCUCCUUUCAUGUCUUUAUCUCCCGCAGGAUCUGACAGCAGCGCAGAGCAUGUUUCAGGGGGACGUGACAGACGAAGAGACAGACGUGGUGGUGCAGAUGAAGCUGAUUUGUUCUUCCUUGAUCCCCUGCAGGAUCUCACAGCGGCCCAGAGCGUGUUUCAAGGGGACGUGGCGGAUGAGGAGGCAGACGUGGUGGUGCAGAUGGAGCGAUGCACGAUGCCAUUCUCGUCGGCAGCACGAAUGCCAAAUUCGCUGACACGCACAGCAAGUGAGGCGCGGGAGGUCUCUCUGACAGCAGAUCCGGUCAGCGCAGACAAGGCGGAGCGGUGGGGUCUGUUGUCCCGAGUGGUUGAGGCAGACCAGCUCAUGCCGACAGCAAUCGCCAUUGCCAAGACCGUUGCCGCCAACCAUCAAGGCAUGGUGCUUCGUUACAAGGCAGUGAUCAAUGAUGGGAUUGGGUUGACCCUCAGUGAAGGCAGGCAACUAGAGACGGAGAGAGCACGGGCGUACUACAAGCAGAUGACACCUCAAGACUUUGAGAACAUGAAAGUGUUUAUAGCCUCCAGGUCGGGGAAGUCAAAGCUCUGA